AUGGAUCGCUUCAGGGUAACUGGAGACCUUUAUCGCAUUGCAAAAGGGCUUAGCAGAGCAAGUAUCUGGUUCAGAGGUAAGGUUCUGAGUGUUUCAGAAUUGAAUCUUAACAUUUGUCCGUGCCAAUGUUUUCAAGCAAUUUCUUUUGCUCGAAAGAGUUUUACACAAAUGAAGGUCAUAUUGCGAAAAUUAAUACCAAGAUGAAAAUGCAAGAGUUGUCAGUUCAGUUCAUGCAUAUUUUACGGUCACUUCAUUCGCCUCUUUUUAGUAUUACGAAAAACAUAUUAGACGUUUGCAUAAGGGAUGAGUUUAAUUUAUCUGUUCUUUUGUUUACGAGGAUCGGAGUUAGAGUGUGCAGAAGGCAUCAGAUGACUCGCAUCUCUCGAUGGCAUACAGUAGUAAAGGUAAGCUAAGCAAGCGUAUGCUUUUGACUUUGAUUUGUUUUAUAGGAAUAGUCAUAGUCACAGCCAUAGUUAAUUCAACCACGAAGAGCUCAGGAGUGGUAACUCGUUUAAAUGCUCUUGUGAAAAAAUAAAUACAAAUGUUGGAAUAAUAUUAUUAUUGACAUAUAAAAAAUUACAAUGGUAGCAGUAACCUUUGGUUGGGAAGUGAGGGCGAACAUGUGGGUUUACCUUAAAGAGAUGUGAUUGAUGAAAUCUGCUUUCAUAAUUGUGUUCGUGAAUCAGAGAAAGCCCUUUUAGUUCUGGGCCAUGAAUGUGGAAACUGGAUUGAACAACACGGUAGACAAGGCUUAUAUUAAAUUCAACAUUAUUAUUAACAGCUGCUUACAUACAACAAACCUGUGAAUAGUGAGGAGCUAGGAGAGAUGGCUGUAUUUGCAGGCAAAAUUACAAUGACACAAGUAAUGCACGUAUAUAGUCAUGACUACACAAAGUCUUUAUAUUCAAUUGAAUAUUCAAUUUGUGUUCAUUGGCCUAAGGCCAUUGAUAUGAUGAUAUAA